CCAACAUAUCCCUUAGGUUAUUGUUACUCACUUACUCAACAAAAUUACAAGGAAAAUCAAUGGGAAGACAGAAUCAGAAUACAGAUGAAAGUAAACAACAUUUCAGCCAUCCCCACGUCUUGAAACCUGUCAAUCCAGCUGAAGUUGAAACUCUCACUUGCAAUGCUUGUGAGAAACCAAGCAAUAGUAAUAAGCCAUUCUAUGGCUGCAAUAGCUGCCAGUAUUUCCUACAUGAAAACUGCUCCAACGCUCCUCGUUUUCUCAAUCAUUCAUCUCAUCCUUCUCACCCCUUGACCCUUCUCCCAAUUCCAACUUACUCGAGUCGUUCGUAUACUUGCAAUGCUUGUGGCUCUGCUGGCAAUAUUGGAUCUUGCUUUAGCUGUGCUUGUUGCGAAUUUGAUAUUCACUUGCAAUGUGCUUCUUGUCCAAGCUCAUUACUUGUUGACAAACAUCCUCAUCAAUUGGGGCUCCUCUUCGGUUCUCCUUACCAAGAUAAGAAUACCGUAUAUGUUUGUGAUAUCUGCAAUGUCAUAAUGAACAGGGAAAGUUGGUUGUACUAUUGCGCUGGUUGUGAUUUUGCAUCGCACUUGCAAUGUGCAAUUAGUCCUGAAGUUGGUGUUUUUCCCAGACAGCAACGUCCAAGUCCAAGUCCACAUCCAAAUCCAAAUCCAAAUCCAACAGUGGAAACGAUAAAUUCAGUAAAUGAAGCUCAUGAGCAGAUUCUUGCAGCUCAACUUCGUGCUCAGAUUGAGGCACGAGGAAGAGAGGCUGCUCUGGACAUAUUCAGGACACCAAGAAGAUACAGUUACAUCUAAUUAACUGUAUCGUGAUCAUCAAAAUGCAUCCGCGUUUCUGUUUUAAUUCCAAAAAAAACAAAAUGCUUUGUUGUUAUGUUAUUUUGUUUUCGAAUACUCUUCUUUCUAAUUUGUACCUCUGAUCGCUGAUGAUCAGUUUCUCCAUUUUCCUUACGGUUUCUAUGUUUAUCUA